AAAAAUAUAUUUUUCUUUUCAAAAAAGGGCUAACUACUUCACACCAAAGAAGCACAAAACCAACAAUAGUUGGGGAAUCUUUUUGUUGUUUGGGUUCCAAGAAUCUCCUUUUUCCACCAUUGUGAUUUCCACACCCAAAAAACACAAACAAAACCCAGAAGAGGAGGAUUUCUUUUCUUCCUCAUCUUUGAAAUCCCAUCUCAAAGGAAAGAAAGAAAAACCAAAAACCAACCUCCAAUCUUCAUUUCCUUAUUUUGUACUCAUCUUUUCCUUGUGGUCAUUGGUUUUCUUCUUCUUCUUUCCCUUUGAAUAUGGUUCAAAGAAAAGUAGCUGAUAAGUUUGGAAUCCAAGCUGAUCAUUUAAGUCAUGAUCAUAUCAGCCUAAAAAAACCAUCCUCUGCUCAACACCAAGAUGGCAAAAACAGAUUACCCGACUUAAAGAAGAAGAUGAUGAAGAAAUCAAGAUCUUUCAAGCUCUCAGAUAUUGGUCAUCAAAGCUUGAAAUCCUCAACAUCUUCAGCUCUUAGAAAGAAUAACAUAUCUCAGCCUGGAAAACCUCCUCCAACUCUAGAUGUCUCAACAAUACUACUCACACCAAAGAAGCAGACUCCGACGAUCACGAAAACCGUCGAAAGCUCGCCGAAUUACAUGAAGUCCACAAGCUGUUUUGAUGCCAGGAAGGAGCCACAAUCAUCCCAGGUUAGUCUUCGGAGAAAUUCGACAAACUCGCAAGUUGUUAGCUCUUCUUCUAACAACAAAAGGCUGGCAAAAAAUUCAACAAAAACGUCGAGCUCCAAGCUGGUUAGGGCUUUGAUAAAAACACCCAGUUUUAAGCCCUCAAGACUGGCUUCUUCAAAAAAAUCUCCAAGAGUUGCUCUUUGCACUUCUGAUGAUCAUGUGCAAAGAGCAACAUGUUCUUCAACUCUCAAGGACUCAAAGUUUCCUUCCUACCUGAUGCUUAAUCAUGGAGGGACCGAGUCCGAGGGAACUUCGGUCAUGAAGGUUUGUCCGUACACUUACUGUUCUCUCAAUGGUCAUCACCAUGCUUCUUUGCCUCCAUUGAAGCGUUUCUUGUCGGCUAGAAGACGCUCGUUGAAGAACCAGAAGAGUUUCAAACUAGCGGUACCGUUUGACAAGGCGGCCAAGGAAAUUGAUGAGGAAGAUGACGACGAGAAAGUUGGGAUGGAUUUCUUUGUAGAAAUCUAUGCUAACAAAACUAAGGAAGAUGAUAAGGAAAAGACUGAAUUUUUGUCCUCAAAAGGGGGAGAUGAAGAAGAAGCAGAAAAUUACCUUCAAGUAAAAGUUGUUGACAGCCUUUCUGUCGGGUCACCGCAGUCUGAGAUCGACACAGACGAAUCACCUGAACGAUAUUCUGAAGUUGUUUGGACAGAAACUGGAAUCAUAGAAAAUUUUCAUGAAGAGGCAAACAACUAUUACGUGCCUGUUUCAGAUGAAGAAGAAACGGAGGGAAGUGACUCUGAUAUGGAGUGGGAAAAAGCAACAUUCUCGGAUGUGGAGAUCGAAGAUGAAGCGGAUAAUUCAAGAAAAAUGGAUGAUGAAUCUGAACCAAUUCUUGGGUUCUCACCAGAUGAUAUUACUGAAGAUGAUGAGAAGGAAGCACAUAAAGAGGAAAGUGCAUGUUUUGAAGGAGACUUUGCGGAAGAACUGAAUUUAAAGAUUGAAGUAUCUGGGCAAGUGCCUGACGGCUUGAUGUUUGAUCAACUUUCUUCCACUGAGGACGGGUUCGAGGACUUAAGCGGAAACGAAGAAAACCUCAGAUUAGACGAAGAGACAGAAUCUAUGCACGCUUCUAUGGAUGCAACUUCAGAGGAGGAACAAGUUGAGGAACGAAUUCAGGAGAGUGAAGAGAGAAACAUGGUUUCUGAAGUAGAGAAUGUGAUCAAUCUUACUGGGGUGAUAGAUGAAGAUUCUAGUAACAAUCCUCAAGAUGAUGAGACAAGUAGCCAAGUUUGUGAUGCUUCCGAGGAUGGGAAACAGAACAAAGAAGAGAGUUUGGAGACGGAUAAACAAGUCAACAAUGAUGAUUUUAGCUUCGAGUAUUGCGACGAUGCAAACGUCAUCGAGGAAAUCCCAUCUCCCGAUCCAUCGCAAGCAACAUCAGAAGCCAAUCAAGUAGUUACAAAGGUUGAGGAGGGUAGCGCCAAUAUUGAAAUCCUCGAUCACAACGAGAAGACGCACAUGACGAUUUGCGACGAUUCUGUGGAUCACAGUGAUGUAAAGCUUAAUGAAUCAGAAAAGGCAGCAGACAGCAAAGGUGAGAUUGAAGUUACCGAAGUGGAAAUUAGGACCAAGCCAGAGAAGAAACCAGAAUUGUUGCGUGUAGAACAUACAAGCGACGAUGAAGAACUGCGCAACAAAUGGAACAGAAGCAGGAGAGGAAUCAAGGAUUUGGAGGAGGAAUCAACAAGGGACUUCAAUCCACGAGAACCAAAUUACCUGCCAUUGGUCGCGGAACCAGAGGGAGAGAAGGUUGACUUGAAGCAUCAGAUGAUGGACGAGCGGAAGAACUCCGAGGAAUGGAUGAUCGAUUAUGCGCUACAACAGACCGUCACCAAGCUCGCCCCUGCAAAGAAGAAGAAAGUUGCCUUGCUUGUUGAAGCCUUUGAAGCUGUCACGCCAGUAACCAAAUGCGAAUCUCGUCGCCUCAGUCAUCAUCAACACCAUCAUCAUUCACAAGCAUUUCCGCAGGCGAUAAGGCCUAUUCAAGCUUGUAGCUGAGGCUGGUGUUGGUGAUGGCGGGGAAAAGUAAAAAGUUGAGGGGGUAAAACUUCAGGGUCCAGGAGAAACAACAACUAACUAGUUGAGGUGGAAAGGAUGGAGUAAUUUGCAAGAGUAAUUAGUUUAAUAAUAUAUGUGCAAUGACAUUAUGAGAUUAAUGUUUGAGUUCAGUUAUUCUGAUCUUAUUAUCCACAACUGUUUGUCGUUUGUAUUUGUGAGGCAGCUACUUAGACCUCCCAAGUAUUUGUGUUAUCUACUCUACUGUAUUAGCAUUAUGUUAUGUUUAUUGUUUAGUAUAUACGUGUCAUGCAACUUCCUGGAGUUAAAUUAAUGUCGUUUAGGCAA